AUGCAAAACGAAUUAUAUGAAUUAAAAAAUAUUGAAAUUAUUUGGGCAGUUAAGCAUUCAUCAAUUUCUGCAACUUUUUUUGAUGAAUGUGCUGCAGAAUUUUUUAAACCAAUGUUAAUAAGCGGAUUUGCACCUGAAACGGAAACCAGUACAACUACCACUUCAAAGCGAUAUAAUAUUACGAUCGAUAAAGAUGGCUUUCAAACUAGUGAAGCGACUAGAGGAUGUGCACUAGGGCCUGAUUGGGCCCAGGAUUUCAAUAUAUCGGGUCGUUUAAAGGAACGUUCUGUUAUAAUUAUAUAUAACGUGGAAUUAGAAAGUAUUUUAUCAGAUGAUCAGGUCGAUCAGUCGUACCUAUUGGCCGAUAAUUAUUUAAGUAAUGGUCAAUGGCCACUUUUCAUUAAACUUAGUGAUAAUCAGGUUAUUGGUUGUGAUCUUUUGAUACAAGCAACUGGAGUGCUUCCAAAUUCAAAUUUUUGGAAGCAAGAAUGUGAUCAACUUCAUUUGGCUUCCGAUGGAGGAAUUUUGGUAGAUGAUCAUAUGAGAACAUCAAUAGAAUACGUAUAUGCAUGCGGAGAUGUUUGCGCUGCUGGCUGGAAUUGGUCGAAACAUUGGUUGCAGAUGCGACUUUGGACGCAAGCAUAUCAAAUGGGAACUUAUUGUGGCCGAUCUAUGGUUUUAAGCGAUGUUCCUCUUGAUUUUUGCUUCGAACUGUUUACUCAUGUGACGAAUUUUUUUGGAUUCAAAGUGAUUUUUUUGGGUCGUUUCAAUGGAGAUGGUGUUGAAAAACCGUGGCAUCUACUUUUGCGUAUAAAUGCGAAUAAACAAUACAUUAAGCUUAUCGUUAAAGAUGGACGAAUUCAAGGAGCUAUAUUAGUCGGUGAAACCAAUUUAGAAGAAACAAUAGAAAAUCUUAUACUUAAUCAGAUCGACAUCUCAUCAGUUGAAGAAGGUCUUCUUGAUCCGGAAAUUGAUAUCGAUGACUAUUUUGAUUAA